UAUUUAUAUAAGUACCGGUAUAACAAAUUUCACAUCAUGUGAAAAUCUUACUGUCUUUCACACAGAAUAAAAAGCGUUCGCGUCGCAUCUCCCCCUCCUUCUUUUUUUCUCUUCACGUUCACAAGCAAGUUCUUGUGUUCAGGUGCACUACACAGGUACGUGCAGAUAGCAACAGGUAUUAAGGCUCUGAACCUACCAGACAGCCUUGCUCACAAAUAUAAAUGAAACCAAUAAUAAUAGACGAGUUAUAAUUCAAGAUAUUAGUGAAAAUAAUAGGUCGACGCUGUGAAAGACAAUAAUUUUCAAUUAACAUGAGCGAGACGGAGAGCAAGAACGUUCUAUUAAAAUCUAAAUGCAAACAAUUCGAUCAGCCGUACGCUGCGGAUAUCUGCAACGAGGAUGAUCACGAUUGGUGGGCGAGUGACAGCGGCUCCAGCACAGGAUCAUAUUACUCGGACACCGGCAGUUCUGUGGUCGAGUGGGAAUCGGAGAUCGGACCCAACGGGGAAGUAUUCUAUAUAGAAUCCGCGGAGGAGAGUCUGCUUGAAAAUCCCACAACUUUGGAAGAUAAGAGCGAGAGCCCUCAGCCUGAAUUGAUGCGUCGCCGUAGCACACGAGCCGGUAAACUAUUCCGUCUCAUCAGACGCAAGGAAAGCAAGCGGUGGAGCACGAGAAAUAAAAGGAUCAGCAAUAGCGCUACGGCAAGUAAUGCUAUCGCUCAGGAAAAAGGAGAUGGAAGCAAGGAAGUCAAAUUUCAAGAUUUUCAGGCAGGAGAAAUUCGAGAAGUUACAUUGUGGGUCGAUCCUGAAAGAAGACAUAAAUUGGGAAGAAGGGCGACUUUGUGCGAAGCAUACUUUGGUAUUACUCCGGGUGCGUUCUCGGACAAAGUAAGAGUUAUGGUGGCUGGAUUUAUACCUGAUGGCGAAGCUAUGAAGAACAGAAAUAUAAAAAUUGGAGAUUGGUUACGGAGUAUCAAUUCGAACGAUGUUACUUUUCAAAAUUUAGAUCGGAUACUAUCUGAAAUCACCACGCCAUCAAACAUAACACUGGAACUACAAAGAGUAGCUGGCGUCGAUGUUACUGCAAAAUUACCGAAAGCAAAUGAGCCAAAACAAUCGAUAUUAGCUCAAUAUUUGGUGAAUAAAGAAAGUAGUAAUUCUUUUAUGGAAUCUCUGUUGGAUCAUCCGUUGGGCAUAAUAUAUUUGAAGACUGCGGAUCUUUCAGAAAUGGGACCAGAGAUGCAAGGCGUACUAUAUACAUUCCCUCGAUCUGAAAGUAAAAAUGCACAUUCUUCGUUAUGUACGGCAAGAGGAGCUUUUAUAACUCUUAAUCAUUUAUUAUCUAGUAUAAUAGGCCCGCAACCAGUCAGUACAACUGUCCAUAUAGGCGAGGAAGAAACACAUAUCGCAUAUACAUCUCGAGAUGAUGAAUUACUUUUGAUAGCUUUGCCUGGCAAAUGCUGUACGUCUCAGGAGAUCGUCAAGAUUACAGAGGACAUAGUCAGAACAUUAGAGUUUACUUAUCAAUCGCUAACAAAAUGCUUUACUCCUGCGGAAAAUCAGUCCUCCUUGGAUCAUUUUUUCAUGUUAAUUAUACAUAGAUUGAUGAAUAUCAAAGAUGUUUAUAAAGAUGCCGAUAUUAAAAAAGAUUCAAUAAAGUCGCAAAGUAAUACUGAAAAUGUGGAGAAUUAUAAGUUUAGAAGCGCUUUUUCAGUUGCAAGUUUCAUACAACUACCGAGAGACGCGCAGAUUCAAAUAGAUGCCGCAUUAAGCGAAAUGGAAGCUAUGGAUUAUAGAGAUUGGAACGAGGAUCCUAUGGAUUGUCAAAGAUUAUAUACUAUAUUAGGGAGUUGCAUUUAUCACAAAUGCCAUCUUCUGGGAUCUCAUUUACCUCAUGAAGAUUUAAUCGAUGUACAUUCGUUUCUGAGACACAACGGCCUAUUAAAUCUAGUGAAUCAGGAACAAGUAAAAUGCCUAGUUCUGUGGAAACAGAUUUAUCCUUCGUCGUGCAAUCGUGGGAACAUUGAACAUAGCAGCGAUCAGAUAUUAAUACCUAAUGGAAAAUGGUUUUUAUUGGUUGUCGGAUAUGGACACGAUUUAUUAGCGGUGCUUUUAGAAUCCGGUGGAUGCACUGCAAAAUACAAUGAUACGAUAGGCCCGGAUGUAUUUUACGUGGAAGAAGCUCAAGAAACAUUGAAGCAUGUACAAAAAAUAGGAGUCACAGUCUUGGCCUCAAAAUGGAUUACAUCCAAUACCAGACCAGAAGUAAUACCGUACGAAGAAUAUACAACGACGAAGGUGUCUAGCAUAACGGAGAAUCUAUUUGGUUUGAUAAAAUCGUCUGACGUACAAACUGUACCAUCUAAGCAAAAUGUCAAUUCUACUAUUAGUAAAAAACCACCAGAAUUGCCAUCUAUUUUGAAGAAACGUAGUCCUGAAGAAAGUCCCAUGAUUUCGGGUUCUGUAUAUUCUUUACAAACGUCCGAAGAUUCACUCAGCCAAGGAACAGGUGGUGUUAGCGAAAUGAGUGACGAGGCGAUGCCUAUACUUGGUAGACGAGCAACUAGAGAAAAGAUA